UUAGAGUUUCCCCCUUAAGCUCGGAAGUCGCGCAGUGAAACUGUCCUCUUCGAGUUCCGAGCGCAACUCGUCGACACCGGUAUUACGAAAGUUUCUAGUGGCUUUGGUAUAUCAGUGAAAUUUAUUUAGCGAAAAGAAGAAUGCUGAAAAACUUUCCAAAAACCAUGAAAUUUUAAGAGAUGCAUUGUUUGUUUUGUUUCUGAUGAAAAGUUCAUUCUAUAACGAUGACGAUCAAAAAUAAAACAACUGUGAAAUUUGGAAAAAAACUGAAGAAAAAAAUUUUCAGCGACUUUAUUAAGUUUCUACUUUGUGGAACUCUUGUUGCGUUUGCAUUAGCAACACCGUCUUUAGGAGAUGCAGAACAUGAAGAAUAUACAUUAAAAGAUCAAACUCCAGAAGAAAGGAAUUAUGAAGAUGAAGUUUCAGCAGAAGAUGAAGAAGAAGCAGGAAGUGAGCUUAGAAGAACGAGUAAUGAAGCUGAACCAGAAUUCUCAGAAGCUAUUCCAAACAUUACGAUUCCAGUUGGGCGAGAUAUACAACUUCCUUGCAUUGUUGAAAAUUUAGGAUCCUACAGAGCAGCCUGGAUAAAAGUGGAGACGAAAGCUAUUCUCACUAUUCAUCACCACAUUAUCACUAGGAACUACCGGAUAUCCUUAAGUCACAGUGACAAUCGGAACUUUGUUCUCCACAUCCGCAACGUCCAGAAGAGCGACAGGGGAGGAUAUAUGUGUCAAAUCAACACUGUCCCUAUGAAAAGCCAGAUUGGAUACGUCGACGUCCUCGUGCCUCCUGAUAUAAUUAUGAAUGAAAGCAGCACAGAUAUAACAGCAAGAGAAGGAACAAAUGUUUCACUUCUUUGUAAAGCAAAAGGAUAUCCAAGUCCAAACAUAUCAUGGAGGAGAGAGGAUAAUCAGCCGAUACCUUUAGGAAUGUGGCAUGGAAAAAAAUUGCUUGCUACCAGCUUUGAUGGAAAUCAAUUAAAUAUUAGCCGUGUAAGUAGAUUGCACAUGGGUGCCUAUCUCUGCAUUGCUUCUAAUGGGGUACCACCGUCUGUUAGCAGAAGAAUAUUAUUACACGUAAAUUUUCCACCCGUGAUGUGGAUUCCUAACCAAUUAGUAGGGGCACCACUGGAAAAAGACGUUACGCUUGACUGCCAUACAGAAGCAUAUCCAGCGUCGAUAAAUUAUUGGGCUAAAGACGGUGGCGACAUGAUUAUAAAUGAUGCCAAAUAUGAAACGUCGAUCAAGGAAAAGAAUUACAAAAUACACAUGAAAUUGGCAAUACGAAAUUUGCAACCGCAUGAUUUUGGAACCUAUAAAUGUUUUGCUGAGAAUUCAUUGGGAUCUACGGAAGGUUCUAUUAGACUAUAUGAAAUACCGCCUCCAACCAGUGAGCCAACUAAAGAUACAGCAGCUAUAAGAAGGCAGAGCACUGAAGGCAAGUUUUACUUAUGCUCGUUUAAACAAUAAUUGGUAUUUAAA